AUGUCAUUUUUUUUUUUGUACCAUUUGGUCAUAUUUUCCCUGUUUAACUUUUCACUGACGUGUACCUUGCAAAGAGGAAAGAGUCCUGCCUACCUGGGACAACAGUACCCCCGUGACGCUUAUACGUUUGGGCGACUGUCACUGAGGAGGAGGGAUAAGACGAAGAGGUGUGCUGAAACGGGGAGCCAGAAGUUUAGCAGCGGGAGUGAUGCACAUUGUGUGAAGAAGGCCUACCUGUUUGCAGAGCCGAGACUUGCAGACCAUGAUGGGUUGACCUGCGAAAGGGGGGCCAUCACAUCACGUGGUGGAGCGAUUACAUCACGUGGGGGUGACCCCCAGACGGGGGAACUGUGUUCAGAGCAGAUGGACAUAAGGGAGAAGAGGUUUGCUUUGGUAAGAAGUGGAGUGGACAGGCUUCUCUACAUCAACAGGAACCUGUUUGAUGCUCUCCAGGUGGUAGGCAGUGUCCCUGUGGAGGGGGGCUCCACUGUUGAGACGAAGAAGAAGAAAAAGGUUCAAGCGGAUGGACAGUGCCCGGAAGAGGUAGAGAUGCUGUUAGAGGGAAUGCGAAAUUUUCAUUUUAAUGAGGAGCGAGUAAAAAUUUAUACCGAUCUGAUUGGAGAGAUCGUGGAUCAGGGAAUGAUUCCCUUGACCAUUGUAGAGUCUGCAGGGAAGGUCGAUUCGUUGGACAAGGAAUUUCGCAAUUACGUCGCAAUGCUGUUGUUACGCGGGGAGGGAAUUGUCCCUGUGGGGACUGGCCCAUUGGCGGGUUCUCCCUGUGGAGGUACUACUAGUGGGCAGGCCGCUCUCCAACGACAGGAUGAGGUGAGGGGCGUGGCAAAAAAAUUGCUGCUCUUGAAGGAAGCAAUCAUGAAGCUUUCACAGGAGCAUAAGGUAAGAAUGGACGCAAUAUACCUAGACGAAGAAACGGGCGAUGUGAAGGUGAAGCGGAACAGUUUCGAGGAUGGAAGUGAAAGGAGGAGUAAUUGGAAAUUAAUUUUUUUGGGGACAGGGUCCAUGUACCCCUCAACGAACAGAGGCACAUCAUCCUUUCUCCUCCAAACGACAAAGAAAAAAUGCAAUGAGGCAUUCCUAUUUGACUGUGGUGAAAACACAUUCAUUGCUUUACAAAGGGCAAGCAUAAAAAUUAGCAAAAUAAAAAAUAUUUUCCUUACACACUUGCAUGGAGAUCACUGCUUGGGGAUUAUUUCCGUGCUGACCAUGUUAAGAAAUUCGAACACGAUUAAUAUUUAUGGUCCUGAAGGGACUCACCGCUUCUUGAGGAACACGUUCAGCUCGACGUACUCGAAGCGAAUGGCUAAGUUUUUCGUGUACGAGUUGAAGGGGGGGGCAGCAGUGCACUCUGCAAAAAUGACUCCCCCCCCGGGAAAAGAAUUAAUCACUGCUGGACGAAAAAAACGGGAUGACGUGGAGUUCAUCCUGCCGAACGAGCACAACAUGUAUACAGUGUUGCGAAAUGACUACUUAGAAGUGUUGGGCUUCCCCAUAAAGCACACUGUGCCCACCAUCGGGUACGUCAUACGGGAGUUGAACGUCGAGAGCAAGUUCAAUGCACCCUACAUAGAUGAGCUUAUUAAAAAAAAUUAUAAUGAAUUGAAGAAAUGCGAAAAGUUGGAGUACAUCCCUUAUAAAAUAUAUGAACAUGUCAUACGAAAAAUGAACGAUGGGGACGUUGUGGUGUUUCCGGACAAAACGCAGCUUACGUAUGGGAAUGCUUAUAAGGAGGUGUACAGGGGGAGGAAGAUCGUUGUGUGCCAGGACACCUAUGAUGCAUCCAGCUUGGAGCAAUUUGCCACCGAUGCGGAUGUGUUGAUACAUGAGGCGACAAACAGCUUGAUCGACUUAACUGACCAGGGCGUCGCUGCUCCGGAUGGGCUGUGUGAGGAUCACGUGGGGCCGCCCCUGCCAAGUGGUGUGCAUGGGGGGGAAGCUCUCAUGCGCAACGACGUCCCGGACAGGGGUGCCACCGCUUCUGUCAGCGAUAACGCGGCGAAGAGCUCCUCCAAGCAGGUGCCCCCCGGGCUGGUGAAAAAGUACAACAAAAUAAUUGCCGAGCGGGGGCACUCCACGGCAAACAUGGCGGGGACAUUUGCGAAAAAAAUAAACGCCAAGAAACUUAUUCUAACGCACUUCUCCCAGAGGUAUAUUGGAGACAACAAAUUGAAGAACAUCAGCGUCAUGCGUAAAAUCGAGAGGGAGGCAGAGGAGUCCUUUGGAGGGAUCUCUCAAGGGGAGAGUAAAGAUGGCCCUGACUGCUCUAGCACCACUGAUACAGGUUGCGAUGGGGAAAGGGAAGUGAUCGCUGCGUAUGAUGGGCUCAUCGUGUAUGUCCCUCCGCAGAGGGUAAAGUGA